AGAGGGCAGCCGGGACCCACCCACCUCCUGCGAGUUUUCCCGGACUGGAGCAGGGCGGGACGGGCUUCAGCGGGGCAGAGGCGUCGGCCGAGGGCUCUGAAGUCAGGCCGGGUGGAGACGCACCUUACAGACCGACUGAGAAAAUGAGUGGGAAGAGACCAGGAGGAAAAGCUGCUGCUCAGAAAGGUGCAAAAUCAGUGUCACCGGUGAAGAAAUCAGCACUAGCUUCUAGAAAAAAAGCAUUAGCAGACUACACUGAGGAGAAAGGCACAGCUAAACAAACAAGCAGCUGCAAGCUCCCAGAGAAAUCAAACAGCAAUCACAAUAAGUCAGCUCCUACCAGCAGCCCAGAUGAAGACUUAAGCUGCAAAGAAAAGGCUGCUCUGACUUUGCAGUGUGCUUUCCGCUGUGUCCUGGCCCACAGAGAGAAAGACAAGCGGCUGAAGGAACAGAAGGAAUAUAGAGAGUUAAUGGAGUGCCUGCAGAGAGAGGCCUUCAUUGCAAUGGUGAAGAAGGAGCAGGUAGCAGCUGAACGGGAGAGACAGAAAGAGGAAGAAGAAAGGAAGAAGCAGCGAGAAGAGCAGCAAAGAAAGAAACGGAUGUUGGAGGCAGCAUUUGAGGGGGAUGUGGAUGAAAUGAAAGCUGUGCUAAAGGAAGUGUCAGAUUUGGAUACUAAGAAUGGAGUGAGUACGGAUGAGAAAGGGAAGGCCACACGUCUCUCUAACCACAUCAAGAUAGUGGAGUGCACCGAUGCCAAUGGAAACACUCCCCUCUCUGAGGCAGCUGGAGGUGGCCACGCUCAUGCUAUCAAGAUGCUGAUAGAAAAUGGAGCUGAUCCAAACAGCAAGGGAGCUUUUGGCAGGACCCCUCUUUAUCGUGCUGCUUUUGGGGGUCACCUGGCUGCAGUGGAGAUGCUUCUUCCUUAUGGAGCAGACCCCAGAAUUUAUGCUGAUGAUGGCAACACACCUGAACAGGUUGCUUCUUUGGAUGGCUUGGUCACCAUCUUUCAAUCCUGGGACAUCAGCUUGACAGAAAUGAUGCUGCAGAGGAUGGAGUCAGAGCAGCAGAGAAGAGCUUUGCAGGAAAAGAAGCUGAAAGAUGCUGAAACUCACCGAAUGAAUGAGGAGGUGGAGCAGCUGGUGAAGGAGCAGGAAAGGUGUAACCAGGAGCUGCAGCAGGCAUAUCUUGAACUGAACAGGAGGAUCACAGAGCAUGACAAAUGUCAGAGAAAGCAGAUGGGCAACAGAGAAGUAACUCUGCAGGUAAUUCAUGAUGCUGAAGAGUUGGUGGAGACUCUACGCCUGGCUGCUGAGAAAGCAGAAGAGAAACUGUCUCUGACCAGACUCAGGUUGCGAGAACAGACCCUGGAAGGGGCAGGGAGUGAAUUCCAUGGGCUGAAGUGCUCUGUGCAAGAACUUGAUGAUGUACUGUUGAAGGAUGUGGGAGAGAAAAUCUGCAUGGAUGGAAGGUGGCCCCUGAUCAUCGAUCCGUCUGGACAAGCUGCAACUUUCCUGCGAUAUCGAGAUACAAAUUACCUGAACACACUGAACCCCAACCACAUGAACCCAGAGACUGUCCGGCUGGCUUUGCUGGGGGCCAUCAGGUACGGAAAGCCAGUUGUGUUUGACAUGAUGGAAGUGAACAUGUUCGAUGCUGUGAAGAGGCAGCUGGAGGGAAUCGCGCCUGGCCUGGCCGAAGCAGUUCUCAGCAGGCAGAUAAUGCAGAACGAGAGGUACCUGUGCUUAGCCAGAGCGACCGACGGCCCCGAGUAUUCCCGCACCGCGUUCCAGGAGGCCCGGACCAAGAAAUUCAAACUGUUCGUUGUCACCAAGUGUCACCACCCUCCUGAGGAGCUGCUGCAGCAGCUCCUGCCCAUUCAGGUCGUGCUGUCCCGGAGCAGCUGGUAGGCACGGGCCACGUCCAGCAAAGGACGGGGCGCGGGGGGGCGUGGAAACCAACAGCAUGUUGAAGAAAACACAUCCCCGUGUAGGCGUGUAUCUCGCAGGGCAGUGUGCGGGCCUGGGUGCGCUGGGUACGGGAAGGCACUGAGGUGCAGGGUUACAAGGGAUGGCUGUCAGGCAGCAGGGUGGGGAGGGGAGACGGGGCGCUGCGCCUGGUGCUGCUCCACUCUGCCAAGAGGCUGGAGAAAGUGCAGGCGCGCUGCUGGAAGGCUCUGCCCUGUUCUGACAGGCCCAUCGCCGGGGCCUCAAGCUAGUGGCCCUUUUCCAGCUUCAUUGCUGCCUGUCUGCUUUCCCACCUCCCCCCGCCCCUGGGAGUGGACCUUGGAGCAGCCUUUUCACCCAGGAGGUGGUUGUGCUGCAGUUUUGUAACUGGGAUGGCCAGUUAGGCACAGCUCCAGCCUGCCCUGUGCUUAAUAAACAUUUGCUGAAACCUGG